AUAUACGAAAAUAAAAAUCUGAACCGUCUGAUCUCAAUCUGGUGACGUACGUAGUCAGAAUUGUAAGCAACCUAUUUUUCAACAUUCAUAUAACUAAACACAAAACAAAACAAACACAUACUCUGUCUUCUGGCCUCUGCAUAUUCUUGAGAAACAAAAACAAAAACACAGUAAAGAUAAAAGUAUUAUUCCUCUGCUCUCUGUCCAAACUCAGACAUAGAAACCAAAAACAUCUCUUCUUGGGUCUCUCAAAUGAAUCUUUCUUCACUUUCUGAGCUGUUAGUUAACAAAAGGGGCAUGAAUUUUGUUUAACAAAAGAAAAAGAAGAAGCUUUGUGGAAACUUCAUAGUUGAAGAGAAAUAAUCAAAUAAACAUGUCUGAAAAAGGUUUGAAGACUAUGAAAGAUGAAAAGAAUGAUUUGCAGAAGCAGAUUGGGUGCAUCACUGGAUUUUUUCAGCUCUUUGAUCGCCACCGUUUCAUCACCGGCCAACGCAAUAGCGGUUACAUUCCGAAUUCAUCUUCUUCAGGUGUAAAGAAUCAAAAGAUUGCGAAAGAGAAGCAACAAUUGUCUACCGAAUCAUCGAUAACAUCUGUGUCUUCAUCAUCUUGUUCAUCUAGCAUGUCGUCCAUUGAUUUCAAUAGAAUAAUCAAGAAUGAAUCGUCAUCGACCAAACAAAUUCAAAUUCCGAAAAAAACACAUUCGAGCCAACGGUCACUUGAUUUCUAUGAUGUUGUCAAAGAUUCGAUGCGUAGAGAAGGUAAAGGUUUAUAUGUGAAAACAUUAACCAAUGAAGAGAAAAAGGGUCAAGCUUAUGCGUUGAAGAAUCAACACAUAGACUCUCCGAGGCCUAUGCUAUCGAAGAAAUCUUUCGAUGAAGCAGUUAAGGUUUCGAAAGAGCCGUUACAUAAUCUUUCGAAGUCGAGAAAACCACAAUGGGACUCACCGCGACUCUCUUAUGAUGCAGUGAAAUCUGCCACAGUGCAUAAGGAACUUCCUAGGUUUUCCUUGGACAGCAAGCAAGGAUCCGUUAGACGGAUCAACGAAGGAAACAAGGCUCGCAACGUGUCGAAUGGUUCACAAAAAGAAUUAGAAACACCAAAAAGAUCAUCAAGUGUUGUUGCUAAAUUGAUGGGACUAGAAGGUCUCCCGGACUCGACACAAACUUGUCGGACUUCUAUCUGCUCAACCGAUCAAAUAGAGCUUACCGCAAGAGCCAGCACAAAUGAUGUAUACAAAAAACACCAAAGUUCGGCGCCCCCGAGCAAUAGAAGGGAUGAUGGUUCACUCAAAAACGUGACACAACAUUCGCGAUUUGCUCUAGAAUCGACGACUCCGUGGAGGCAACAUGAUGCAAACCAAAGUUCUUUGUUACAUGAUUCCUCAAAGGGAAGUGAUUCUGAAACAAAAGCAUCAAAGUCCUCGCUUUCUGUAUAUGGAGAAAUCGAAAAAAGACUAGCGGAACUCGAGUUCAAAAAGUCCGGAAAGGAUCUACGAGCCCUUAAACAGAUUCUUGAAGCAAUGCAGAGAUUUACAGAUUCAUCAUCUGACACUAGGAACAAUAAUACCAGUCUCAGUGAAAGUUCUAAAGUCCAAAGCCCGAGAAUACGACAAAAGGACUCGGGAUUCGUCACGGUUGAGUCGUCGUCGAAUUCAAUCCGUGAUAGUAAAUCGCCAAUUGUCAUCAUGAAACCAACAAAAGUGACUAGAAAAUCCAACAAUACUCCUUCAGCUGAUAAGAGUAAUUACUUCAGAACUUCAAAAUUGAUGCAAUCAUCAAAAUCUUCUCAAGACAGAAAUGGAAAAAACACCAUCAAGUCCGGUAACAUAACGGUUACCGGGAGUCCAAGACUUCCGAAGAAGUUUGGAUUCGAGAGGCGUUCUCCACCGACUAGUGCAUCAUCCGGUUCCCCGAUUAACAUAGGACAACGUAAUAGGCAACUUAUGGAGCUUUCGACUUCUUCUUCUUCGUGUUCAACACAUAGACACGAUUUCUCCAUUUCGCAGGAUAAAGAUGAACAUUUUAGUGAGACGAGUUUUCGGAGAAAAUUUAAGCAUCAUGUUAAUGUCAUUUCUUCGGAUUUCGACAGCAACAGAAGCUUGAACACUCUAGAAAUUGUUCGGAUCGAUCAAUCAGAGAAUAUCAAUCAAAUUGAUGAAUUUGAAGAGUUGAGGAAUGAAAGCUCUAAGGCUGAUAAAACUGUCACCGCGGAACAGCCGAGUCCUGUGUCUGUUCUUGAUGCUGCAUUCUAUAAGGAAGAUCCACCGUCUCCGGUGAAUAAGAUAUCGAACAUUUCAAGAAAAUUAGGUGAAGCUUUAUGCAUCGAUGUCGAUAUUGAGGAGAACUCAGUUGAUCAAAUUCUUCGUGAAAUUGAUUGGAACGAUGAAAAAAUCGUCAAUUUCAACAACAUCGAGAAUCCUGAUCACAAGUAUAUAUCAGAAAUCCUGAUAGCUUCAGGUCUAAUCACUGAUCGAAACUCUAACGAGUUACUUCAUUCACAAGGCACCUUGAUUAACCCAAAGUUAUUCAUAGCGCUUGAACAAAUGAAGACAAAUAUGUCGCGUUUCAAUAUUGAAGACAAUGGGAAGAACAUUUCCAUAGGUAAUAGUCCUGAGAAACUGCAAAGAAAACUCAUAUUCGAUGUUGUCAACGACAUUUUAGCAGAGAGAAAGCUAAAAGGGAAGAAGCUUUUCGAAGAGCUAUGUAUAGAAAUAGACGAGUUACAACCUCGAAACAUGAGUAUCGGCUUUUUUCAUGAGGAUGAGAAUUCGAUAAGUCUAUUGUCGAGAGAUUUGAAGGAUCGAAACACAGUUUGGACUAACCGUUGCAGCGAGAAACCGAAUAUCGUGUUGGACAUCGAACGGUUGAUCUUUAGAGACUUGAUAACUGAAGUUUGUGAGAGAUGAAGUUGAAAGAAAAUUUGGUUGUUCAUGCAAAAGCUGUUUCCUAAGUAGGAAUUUUAGAUAAGGAGUUUGAGGAUGGAAAAAUAAUCAGUUUUCACAAUCUGCUUAAUUUAUUUUGAUUUGUUAAGCAAUAAUCUGCUUAAUUGACAGUUUGAUCUUUGUUUUUCUUCAUGUAUUUUUUAUAGUCUAUGUUCAUAAAUACAUGGAGAAAUACAGAUAAGUGUAUAUGAGUAUUUACUUUCAUAUAUUUAAAAGAAUAUUGAAGUUGAA